AUGCUUGUUGUCAUUGCCAUGCGGCAUCGGUGUCAGAGUGCAGUGGCGGCUGAGGAGGCUGCUGCUGCUAAGGAGAAGGAUAUCUCGCAAACAAAUCUGUCGCGGGAUUCGAGUACGCAAGAGAUCACCCCGCGGAAUAGACAGGAUACGGUUGAGGCAUCUCAGAUGGAAUGGACUGCAUAUGGGCCUACUUGUCCCAUUCCUUUUGUCAGAGAAUGA